AUGUCCGACGCGGUCGUCUCUCCCCAACCAACUCUCACUCCCGCUUCCUCUACCCUCGCUCCUCCUGUAGACCCCUCUCGGCCAUCCUCUGCGGGCUCCAACCGGUCCUCUUCCUCUCGGCGCGGUCGAUCGAAAAAUGGCUCGUCCAACAAUUCCAACAUGUCACGGUCAGGCUCUCACUCGUCGAGAGGUCCGAGCGAGAAUGGUAGCCGCAACGGAGGCUCGAAGCCUUUGUCGGGCGGUACCAGCCUAGGUGUCAAGUCAGAGGAGGGCAAGAAGGGGCGGAACAAGAAGGGUGGUGGAAAGAGCGGAGCUACUACCCCUCGAGAGGACGCGCCGAAGGACGAGAAGAAGGGGAAAUCUGGCAAAGGCGGUCGUCCAGCCCCUAUCGCCAUUCCCGGUGCCUCCUCCCCGGGCCGGACAGCAUCUCAAUCAUCCGAGAAGGCUAAAGGCGAUCAGGAUUCGCAGUCCGCGUCUGGUCCGCGUUCGCUCACCGCCGUCAUGUCCCCACCCAAAGCAGCCAUCGAUGCUGCGCGCGAUGCCGUCAAGCAGAAAAUGGGCGGAGAUGCCCUCAGCAGUCUUCAGAAGAUGAUCUCGGAUCUGAAGACGCUGCCUCCAGGGACUACCCCCGCACCGACCACCGGAUCCACUGGGACUUCCAACAAUGGGUCCCGGUCUGUCAGUGGCCGAGACGCCAAGGACACGUCGAAAUCCCCUCCUCCGUCCAACUCUCCCCUGUCUGGCCCCAUGAGCAAUAACAAGCUCAAGGCGGACGCACCUACCUUCACUCCCUCCGCCAAACCCACCCGGUCGCCGAUGGGCAUCUCGCCCAUCGAGCAGCCAAAUCUCCCUCGCGCACCGUCCGGGCAGCACCGCUCCAUGUCGAUGAGCAGCGAGCGGAACCGCCGGACGUCCACCUCAUCCUUCCACGGUAUCGCCCCCCUCAACCCCCUUGCUUUCAACCCAUCUCCGCAAGCGGCAUUCCCCGCCGCACUCCCACACUUCCCACUUGUUCCUGCGGCUUCGGGGCCAUACGGCUCGCUCGGGGGUCUGACCGAGACCGAAGAGUACCACCCCGAGGGCUACGGCGACCAGUAUCAGCAGCUCCUCGCCGCUCAGCGAAUCCAGUACCAGCAGAUCCAGCUGCUCCAGGCACAGAUCUCGGCCAACCAACUCGCUCAGCAGCAAGCCCAGGCGCAGCAGUACCAGAUGGGUCUUGCUCCCCGCUUCCGAGCGUUGGCGGAGCAGCGGCAAGCCCAUGUCACCCAGCAGCAAGUCGCUGCUCUGACCCAGGCCCAGCAGGUGUACGACAUGCAGCAGCAGGCUCUGCUGGCGGUCGAGGAUGCCAGGCAGCGGGCGGCGCAGGCGACGCUCCGCAACCCUCCUCCUGUGUUUGAGGAGGAUGAUGAGCCCGACCGUGUCGGUGGCUUCAGGAUGGACGGGCUGUCGCACGGCGGUGGAAGGGAGCAGAUGAACUCGUCUUUCAGCUUUGGCGCCAAGCGCCGGGAAUCUAUCGGCGAUCGCGGACCUGCUCAGACACACAGUGCUAUUCGGGUGGAUCGGAGCCAGGGAAUCGGUGGAGCCGAAGCGACUGGUCUGGCGGGGCUCGCAGCUCGCGCUCACAGGCGCACUGGGAGCGAGUUGACCCCGGCCAUGCAGCAGCAGCUCGAGCUGCAAAGCCAGAUUGAAGCGCUCCAGGCGAAGCAGAAGGCGCUCCAGCAAGAAGAAGCAGCGGCCAAGCGAAACGGCGGAUCCUCCUUCAGCCAGAUGGACCAAUUCGUCAAGCCCUCCGCCCAGCUUCGGGGUCAUCGUCGAGUCCAGUCUAGCGCAAUGUCGUCUGCCGCUGGUGACGCCUUUACCUCAUACGACGAAGCCGCUCUCCUGGAGGCGAUGCGUCCUACCUCGCGUACUCUCAACGACAUGCCGCCUCCGCCCGUCCCUACCAGCCACAGUCGGCGACACAGCGUGAACGUCUUCGCCAAGGGCGCCGGCGCCGGCUCCGGCUUUGGCGCCGUCGAGGAUAUUCCGGAGGAUGGGAAUAUGCCUAUUGGUGGUGGACAUCACCGGUCCGGCAGUCGGGGCGGCAGCGGCUUUGAGUCUGGGAACUGGCGAUCCAUCAGCCAGGUCGGCCAGAAUGGCCAGAACCAGGGCCAGGGACAGGUCACCGAUCUGGCUUCGGCCCAGGCCCAGCUUCAGUCGCUCGCGCAAUUCCGAGCCGCUGCUGGCGGGGGGCACAACCGGAUGGCCUCGUUCGCUCUGCCAAACAUGCUUCCGAACUUGCUCGCUGCAACCACCCUUUCCAGUCCCGGCGGUACCAACCUCUGGCAGCAACAACAGGCUUUCCAGCUACAACUCCAACAGAACGCCUCGGGACCCCAGCGGAAGUCCCUUUUCGCGCCAUACCUUCCUCAAGCGUCCCUCCCGCCCCUUCUCCAGGCGGGCAAGCUCGUCGUCGGAAUCCUCCGAGUCAACAAGAAGAACCGGUCUGACGCAUACGUCGCUACCGACGUCCUCGAGGCGGACAUCUACAUCUGCGGGUCCAAGGACCGGAACCGUGCCCUUGAGGGCGAUAUUGUGGCGAUCGAGUUGCUGGAUGUGGAUGAGGUGUGGAAUACCAAGAAGGACAAGGAGGAGAAGAAGAAGCGGAAGGAGGAGAAUAGCAUUUGGGAUCUCAAGCCUGCGGAUCGGAAGAGGGUCGAGAAGAAGAAGGACGACGUGGAGGUUGAGGGGCAGGGAUUGUUGUUGGCGGAGGAAGAAUUGGUGGAUGAUGUCACCAAGCCUCAGUUUGCGGGUCACGUCGUCGCUGUGGUCGAACGCAUGCCCGGGCAACUCUUCUCUGGUCAACUUGGCGUCCUUCGUCCGUCCAGCGCGGCCACCAAGGAAAAGCAAGACCUCGAGCGGAAAGAACGCGGAGACGAUCGGAGGCGAGACGAGCCCGAAUCCCGGCCCAAGAUUGUCUGGUUCAAGCCCACCGACAAGCGCGUACCGCUCAUUGCGAUCCCGACGGAGCAGGCGCCGGAAGACUUUAUCGAGAAGUCCGACAAGUAUGGGGACAGGCUGUUUGUGGCUACUAUCAAGCGAUGGCCGAUUACCAGUCUGCACCCGUUCGGAACGCUCGUCGAGGAGCUCGGACCCAUCGGGGACCCCGAAGUCGAAACGAGCGCCCUGCUCAAGGAUUGCAACUUCCCCACGGAAGAGUUCCCGGACCAGGCGCUCAAGUGCUUGCCCCCGACACCGUGGACUAUCCCCGAUAGGGAGUUUGAAGUUCGCCAGGACCUCCGAGAAGACCGUGUCUUUACAAUCGACCCAACUAGCGCUUCGGACCUGGAUGACGCGCUGUCGAUCAAGAAGAACGAUGAUGGGACCAGUACGGUCGGCGUGCAUAUUGCAGAUGUCUCCUACUUCGUCAAACUGAACACUGCUCUGGAUCGCGAAGCCCGCAAGCGCGGAACAUCAGUCUAUCUCGUUCAGCGCGCAGUACCUAUGCUCCCGCCCACACUAUCGGAAGAGUUCUGUUCCCUUCAGCCCGGAGUGGACAGGCUGGCGUUCUCGGCGUUCUUCCAGAUCGACAAGGAGGGGCGGGUGGUGGAUAAGAGCUAUGCGAGGACGAUCAUCAAGUCCUGCGGUAAAAUGACGUAUGCGGAAGCUUCGGAGGGUAUCAACUCGGGAGAUCUACCAGCGUCAAAGAUUCACGGAGAUGGCAAAGCUGUGGGAAGUGACAUCAAAGCCCUUCAUGAACUUGCAACCAAGCUACGAGCAAGGCGAUUAGAGUCCGGCGCAAUGACUUCCGAUCGCAAGAUCAAGGUCUCGUUUAUCCUCGACGACAAGUCCGAUCCGGUCGAUGUCAGCGACUAUCAGCGAACCGAAGCCAACAUACUCGUCGAAGAGUUUAUGUUGCUCGCCAAUACCAGCGUUGCCCACCUUAUCGCUAGCAGUCUCCCCGAACAAGCUCUCCUGCGGCGCCACGAACCGCCCGUCGAACGCCGGAUUGAGAACUUUGUCAAGCGCGCAGAGAAGCUCGGGUACAAGAUGGACGGGUCGUCUGCUGGCGCGCUGCAAAAGUCGUUCGAGGAUAUCUCGGAUACAGAGGCGGCGCUUUGUCUGGAGUUGCUCAAGAAGAAGGCUAUGACUUCUGCGAGAUACUUCUGCUCGGGCAUGCUGGAUAUUGCCAAGUAUGGGCAUUGGGCUCUCAAUGCGCCGCUUUACACCCACUUCACUGCUAGUUUUCUCGCUUGCAUGUCUCCUAUCCGCAGGUACGCCGAUGUCAUCGUCCACCGUAUGCUCGAAGCUUGCAUCACAUCUCCCAAUCGGGACGACGUCAAAUUCCUGAUGGACCGAGACCAAGUUGCCAAGAUCUCGCAGCAGUGUAAUGUCAAGAAAGCCGGCGCUCUGUUGGCCGAGGAACAGUCCAUCCACUUGCACUUGUGCAUGCUGAUCCACGACUUGACGAUGAAGUAUGGGCCGGUUGUCAGGGAGGGUAAAGUGACGGGUGUGAUGGACAAUGCGUUUGACGUGAUUGUUCCUGAGUUUGGGAUAGAGAAGCGGGUUCAUGCGGACAAGAUGCCGCUUGAGAAUGCCGUCUAUGACGAGCACAAGGAUGUCUUGUCGAUGUACUGGACAACCGAGGGUAUCCUCUCCUUCCUCAUCGCCACGUCUGACGAUCCCUCCAUCGUCUCCAUCUCCCGCCAGGCACUCACCAUGUCUCGCUCCACCUCUCCUCAGACCACAACCGGACCCGCCGCCAAGUCGAAGCAGUACGCCCUAUCCGCGAGCCGCCCAACACCGGCCUUCCAGGGUCUGCGGUCGACCGGCAACUCAGCGCACAGGAUACAGGACGUGAGGGAGUUGAUGACGAUCCCGGUGGUGGUAAUGGCGGAUAUGACCAAGAGUCCGCCGGUCAUGAUGAUCUACGCGUGCAAUCCAUACGCAUCAUGA